AUGUGCUUGACGUGGCGCGACUACUUUGAUUACGAGAAAUGGGAGGAGCGUGUGAAAAAACUGAGCAGAUUCCACAUGACUGUAGUGCAGUGGAAACACAGGGAGAGCAGCAGUCGAGGCGUGGACUACUUUGAUUACGAGAAAUGGGAGGAGCGUGUGAAAAAACUGAGCAGAUUCCACAUGACUGUAGUGCAGUGGAAACACAGGGAGAGCAGCAGUCGAGGCGUGGUCUACAAAGAAGCACCUGGUACUUCAGCCAAGUCCUUUUCACCUCCACGAGAGCCCAGUAUGCUGAGCUUGAUGGGCAACUUAUUGCAUGAUUUUCCUUUGAAUGCAGGAAAAUACAUUUUCGCCCAUUGCGACGGCAGCUUGAGCACAAAGUGCCGUGAUUGUGGCCAUGAAGAAUACCAGCCGGACUGGAACAGUGACACUAAAUGUAUUGCUCAGAAGUUCUGCGAUGAGGGUAAAGGAUUUAACCGCACUCGUUUACACAACCCUACAGCGGCUGAACCUUGUCAGUGCAAGCAGGGUUUCCACUGCUCUCUGAUCAACUGCGAAUACUGUGAGGCCAUUAAAAAAUGUCCUGCAGGAGAAGGAGUCGUAAUGGGCGAGACGGGCAGAGCUUCCUGUGUGCCUUGUCAAUAUGGAUAUUUCUCAGAUUCCAUAUCAAUAGAAGCCUGCAAGAAAUGGACAGAUUGUAAAGCUAUCGGCAAGACCGAGAAACAGUCAGGAAGCUCUAAGACCGAUGUGGUGUGUGGAGUCCAUUCUCCUGGUAUGACACCCUGGGUGCUGGUGGCCAUCCUCUCGGUCAUCAUUGUGGUGUCCCUGGUUGUUCUCUUUUUGUUUUGCUGCAAGGAUAAGCUGAACUUCCUCUCAGUAAAUCUACGCACUUGCGUCCAAAACCUGAAAGGAAGUAGGAAUCAACAGGAAACUGUGACUUCAUACCACGGUGACAACGGUCCACAAACCCUCCCUCUGAUUUGCCAAGAACUAACCCCCCCAGAGCCCCUGAUCACACGUCCCAGCACCCAAUUAACCAUUCUUGAUGAAACAUCGACUUCCACGGACCAAGAACAGGACCAGGACCGAGCCGAAACCUCAUCAGGCAGCUCCAGCGAGGACUCCGGAGUUGGGACUGUGUCUCCUCUGUCAGGCAGCUGCUGCAGCUGUGCGCUUCCCAUGAAGGAGCCCAUGGAGGUCGGAGAGAACGAGGACUGCAGUCAGCUGGUGGCCACGGGUUUGGCGACAUGCUGCUCCUGCAGGACAGGAGACGCCAUUGGAGAAAACGUGCAGGUCGUCGACCUGAAAGAACCUCUGCUGUGUGAGAGCUGCUCGUCAGACGUCCUGCCAGCCUGCGAUUACAUGGAUCUGCAGCGCUCCCAGGAACUCUGUCUGGACUACAGCAGCCCUGCUGGCAAAGAAGCCAUGUCGGAGAUGAGAGGCAUCUAUGGGGAGCGAGGUCCGGUUGAAGGGCUGUAUAGACAGAACGAACCUUGUUGCUGCAGCAUAGACUCCACCACCGUUCCACCUCUGCUGUCGGUCAGCGCUAAUGACCAGGGCCUUUCACUGAUCCACAGCGAUGACCGCAAACUGUCCGACCCCGAUGCAGACUUCCAGAACCAGUGCUCAGAAUCCGCUCUCACAUCUGGUCAGGUGACAGGAAACAACAACACUACUUUUAUCUCCAGCGGGCAGGUGAUGAACUUCAGCGGUGAGGUCAUUGUGGUGUAUGUCAGUCAAACGUCACUGGGGAGCAGCGGAGGAACAGACGAACCCUUCAGCUGCCCGGUUCAGGAAGAAUCCAACGAUGACGGUUUUCAAAGUGAGCCCAAAUCUAACAUAACCGCAACACCGCAGGCCAAGAGCAGGAACGGACACCUGGAAAAACACCUGCCCGUGCAGGAAAUGACCAACGACUGGUCCUGGCAGAAAUAAAAAGCUUCAAACAUUUCCUACUAGACUGGAAUUGACUCUUUUUAAAAUGAUUAUUAUUGAUUAAUGAUGGGCGUACAACAACCCGUAUAGCAACUAGAGUGCUAUUUCAUGAAAAAUGCUAUGCAUUUGUUGACCUACGUAUUUAUAUUGUAUAAAUUAGCUACUUCUUGUCGAUUUUGCGGUUUCAGCUUUGAGAGGAUCUCACUGGUGCGGAUGCUAAUGAACGGAUGA